GCUCGCGAUAGGACGAUCCACUGAUCAUGAGAGAUCUGAACAGGAAGCUGAACGGACAGGGUUUCGAUCUGAUCGCCGAGAGCAGAAGGAACGACCAUCGCGACACUUUUCACAAUGACGACGGCCUGGUCGAUCCGUUCUGCGUCGAGGGGAACCCUCACAAGAUCACCUUUGAGGAUAUUUCGUCGGCUGCCUUUAAGAUCAAGUGCGGCGUUAUCAAUACUCCUUGCGUGAAAUCUCGUCUCUCGGACAUGUUCGGCAUGGACUUGUACCUGAAGAAGGACUUCCUCCAGGUCACAGGAAGUUUCAAGGAACGCGGAGCGAGAUACGCUUUAGUGAUGCUGACAGAGGAACAGAAGAAAAUCGGCGUGAUAUCAGCUUCGUUGGGUAACCAUGCUCUUGCUCUCUGUUAUCACGGUUACAAGCUUGGAAUACCGGUGACCGUGGUGAUGCCAGUACUGGCGCCGAUUAUGAAGAUCGCAGCCUGCCGCCAAUACGGCGCUAAUGUGAUCGUCGAUGGACUGGAUAUGGGCGAGGCGAAAAGUAUCGCCCUUCGAUACGCGAAGGAAAAAAAGCUGAUGUAUAUAAAUGGAUACGACCAUCCCGAUAUUAUGGCAGGUCAAGGAACGCUGGGUCUCGAAAUCGUGCAAGAGGUUCCCAAUAUCGACGCAGUGGUAGUUCCUGUAGGAGGAGGUGGCCUAAUUGCGGGUGUAGCUUUAGCCGUGAAAACUCUCUUUCCAAACGUAACGAUAAUUGGCGUCGAGUCAGAAAGGUGUCCCAGUUUCUCUGCGGCACGGAAAGCAUCUCGACCGAUCUACACCCCCAUAGAUUCCACUCUGGCUGAUGGUCUGGCGGUUCCUAUGGUGGGAUACAACGCCUUUGCCACCGCGAACCCGCUUAUCGACAAAUUGGUCGUGGUGAAGGAGGAGUGGAUUGCCAUUGCGAUCCUGAAGCUGGUAGAGAACGAGAAGUGUAUUGUCGAGGGUGCUGGAGCCACUGGCCUGGCUGCCAUUUUGGCUGGUCAGUUAGAAGAGCUCAAAGGGAAAAGAGUGGUCCUUCCGCUGUGCGGAGGAAACAUCGACACUACAAUAUUGGGAAGGUGUUUGGAACGGGGUUUAGCUGCAGAAGGCCGCCUCCUCAAGUUCACCGUGACCGUGUCCGAUCGACCAGGCGGAAUCGCGGAGCUCUGUCGAAUGCUGGCCAGCAUCGGUGUCUCGAUAAAGGACAUCAUGCACGAGCGGCCGUGGAUCAUGUCGGACAUCUUCAGCGUGGACGUGAAGGUGGUCUGCGAGACCAGUGACAGAGAUCACGCUGAACAGCUGAAGGACAUGUUGUAUCAGAAUUAUAAGAGGGUCGUAUUCGGUACCGAAAACAUCUCCACUCCGGACGAACCCUUGAACACGGACACGCGGAGCAGCGAGAACAAAAGUAUUUCCAAGGAUUUGUUGACUCAUUAGAAGUGACGGGGAUCGUGGAUUCUGCGAUGAUCGAUUAUUUAUGAAUACGUAUAAUUCAAGGCAAUUAUUCUGGUAAUUGAUACCCAGGAAUAUUCGUAAGUUAGAGGUAUAUCGUUGCUUAUAAGUAUUGACAGGUGUAUACCCUUUAUUCUAGACAAUUUUCACUUUGGAAAUCUUCCAGGAACAAAUCGCAGAUUUCACUUGUUCGAUCUGUUAAUUAACCCUCUAGAACGCCGUGAGACUUGCAAGUCACUUACUUAUUUAUCCAUAUUCUGUAAUUCUCGUUUAAUUUGUUUAUUGCUGUGGUAUUGCAUUUUAUAAUAAUUAUCAAUACUUGCUGCUACUAAUAACAUAUAAGAUUGUAAUUAAUCGUAAAUGUUUUUUUCGAUGAACGAAGAAAAAUCGGGCUACAGAGGGUUAACUCGUUGUUAGAAUAUGCUAGUUUAUUUAUUCAGGGAACUUUAAUAUUAACUACAUCGUUAUUAGUAUAAAGUAAGAUUCAUAAAAUCAGGUACAAGAAGCAAAGAGACAAAGUGUCGAAUAACUGAAUAAAUCAAAGAGAAAUUGUG